AUGCGCAAUAUUGUAAUGCGCAGGUCACAGCUGUCCAAACAUGGAGGUUGAACUAAGGCACAGCUUGCUUGUUCCCAGGCGUACGUAAUAGCCCCCGAAUAUCGACUAACCAACCAGCAAACCGCUACCAAAGGUUACUAUAACUGACAGUUUAUCAUUCUUUGUUGUUCGAUCGUUUGUUGAUUGUUGGAAUGACGAUGGAAAACAUGGGCGAGCUGCCGGAUCAACAACUUAACGAUUCGUCCGUCACCACACCAUUGAGUGUCGGAGGAGGCAGUGGAGUAGACACAGCAAGCCAACAGUCCUCACGCGAUACCACUCAGUCUGACACUGACUUCCCAGCAGUACCCAGUGUCAGUGCAGUGUCCAGCCCCGAGGCCGAGUUGUCACCAUCCAUCGACAUCUCAAGAACUGAGGCCAUUCCGGUUACGGUGGCCAGUAUGAUCGACAGUACGGAGUUCCGUUCCCAAAUGGGGGACGUCACAUACCAGACUCUGAACGGGAGGAUGAGCCCCAACUACAGCCCCAACAGCUAUGCUACGCUCACUCCGUUACAACCACUACCCCCCAUUUCUACAGUGUCAGAAAAGUUCAACCAGAUUCAGGCUUCAAAUGUAGGUGGUAAUGGAUUUACACUUAUGAACAAUGGACUGGGAAUGGAUAUGAACACUGCUUACAGAUAUGACAAAAUGAUGGGGAUGGGGAUGAACAUCUCCAAUAUGGGUCCAAGUUUGGCCACAAGCCCCAUGACAAUGAUGACAACAAAUGGAUAUCCACAAAGUGUUGGACCUUACGGUUAUAAUGUGAAUGUGAGUCUUGGUGUAAGUCAAAAUGGACUGCCUUCACCCAAGUCCGAUCAUAAGUCUCCUACAGGAUUAUCACCAAAUACAUAUGAAACAUAUCGAAAUCUGGCUCCACCUCCUACACGACUCAGUUCCCCAAAUCCUGUCAUGAUGUCAACACUCAAUGGAUUGCAUGGGAACCAUACAGUUACACCUGAUGCAUCACCAAAUAGUCAAAGUUCCAGCCCCCAGAGGGGUCAGUCAGUCGGUCCAAUGGAUUCUCAGAGCAAUAAAGAACUUGAGGAAAUAAACACAAAGGAACUGGCACAGAGAAUCAGCAGCGAACUUAAACGUUAUAGUAUACCACAGGCAGUUUUCGCUCAGAGAGUUUUAUGUAGAAGUCAGGGAACAUUAAGCGAUCUUUUGCGAAAUCCAAAACCAUGGAGCAAACUGAAGUCUGGGAGGGAAACAUUCCGCAGAAUGUGGAAAUGGCUUCAAGAACCAGAAUUUCAGCGAAUGUCUGCAUUGCGCCUUGCAGGCAAAUCAUUCGGGGAGGUGUCCAUUAAGGAGGAAUCAGUGUCAGCAGCCAGCUUUGGGCACCCUAUAGCCAGCAUAGCCUGUAAAAGAAAGGAACAGGAGCAGCAAGCCCAGGACCAGAGGCACCCCAAAAAACCCAGGCUAGUGUUUACUGAUAUUCAGAGGAGAACGUUGCACGCAAUAUUUAAGGAAACCAAGAGACCGUCAAAGGAAAUGCAAGCUACUAUUGCACAACAACUCGGACUCGAAGUGUCCACUGUCGCCAAUUUCUUCAUGAACGCUCGCCGGCGGUCCAUUGAUAAAUGGCGAGACGACAACGGUAACAACAAUCGAGACAGUGUGCCCAAGAGCUGAGUUGUCGUGACGAUGUCCAACAGGUUUCUCAGUGAUUGUGGUCGGUCAUCUUCGUUGUGCAUCCAUAUUUUGUUCAUCUGUCCAUAGAACAGUCAUCGGUAUGGCGUACAUCGUACCGAAAAACAUUUCAUAUAUAUAAACAUUAUAUAUUGAUGAAUUAUCAUUAUGUUACAAAGAAAUGUAUGUGUGUGCAUGCAGAUGUGUGUGAGUGAGGGUUGUUGUAUGCAUGUGGGGAGGUGUGGUGUUCCGAUAUCUUCUCCCACAUACCAAAGCUCUAGCAUAACUAUGGUGUUCUCAUCAAAAACCACAUGACUAGAGGCUGGACCAUAUUUAUUUUCUGCCCUUGUUAAGAAAUCCCAGAUCAAUCAUUCCAUUUACAAUGUUGUAUUUUUUAACUUAUGUGGAAAUCUUUUUAUUUACAGUACAAAUAUUUUAACACUUUUUGAAUUUUUAAUUUUGUUUUUUUCUUUUGUUAGACUUAAAGUCAAAUGAUUUUUGUAGUUCAUCUGAGUUAUUAAUUUGGCUCAUAAUUCGUUGAUGUUGUGUUGUUUAGUUUGUGAUUAUGAGGGUUAAUAUAAAACUUUAAUCAAGUUUUAAAAGAAAAAUUUGAUGGCAAGGUAUAGGGCAUUUUCAAUCAAUCAAGAAAUACCACUCGUUUCACAGUGUUUUAUGUGUGUUUGGACAAGACAUGUAACGGUUACACAUCAAACACAGCUAUUUUGACGGGACAUUUUUCUGUGACCUCGUGCCACCAUUCCUUUACAUAGUGCUCAAGCAUUUUUACAUCCUGUGCCUAACUGACUGGCACAAAUUGGUAUUGAUUUAUCAUUAGAGGUUUUUACACCCAAGGUUUUUAAAUUGAAAUUGGGAAGUCAGUGCUCUUUUCCAAGAUUGAUAAUCUAAAAGUAUUUUAAUGGCUCUUAAGAUGCUGAAAUUAAGUGUAUUUGAAUGAAAUAAUUAUGAAGUUUUGAAAAUUGGUUAAAUCUAAUGGUUGAUGAUUAAGGUUUUGAAGUGUCUGCUCUCUGCUUAUAUAUAUAGAUAAUAUAAUUUAUAAAGAAGCAGAAGAUUAUAAUCAAUCAUGACAAAUGUAAUUUGAUAUGUUGUUACUACUGUUGAUUGUCUCCCCAAGGUGGACAAACCUGACCGCAGCCAGCAUAACUCUAGUCAGAUCAGAUACAACAGUUAGCCUCAGAAUACUGAGUCCAUAACUUGCCAUCAACUCCCUCCUUUUAUGAAGUUUAGUUUUUAGCGAAUUCCACUGAUCUGUCUCAUGUGUUUGUUCCUUACUACGUAUGUAUUAGGAGUUCAUUGGCAGGUGCUUAUUUAUUUUAUUUAUGGCUUAUUGUUGAUGUUGUGUUUCCUUGUGCUUUUAUUUAUCCCUGUGAAUUUUUUUACAUCCAUGACAUAUCAAAUCUACAACUGUACAGCAUGCUGUAUGUGUUCAAAACAUCCCAAAGACCAAGAUCUAGUCAGUCCUGACCAUGGUCUUUCUAUAUCUUGACAACAUUCACUUGGAACAAAUUAAUUAAUCCCUAACUGAUCAAUGGUCAUUGAUUCGAGCAAUCAUUGUAUCAAAUUUGUGCAAUAUUUACUGAUUUUUGUUAGUCCUUAAACUAUUUAAGGUGACACGUUAAUUAUUUGUUGAUUUUUGUUUUAUUGUAAUAAUUGUUGAUUAAUUUAUUUAGUGCCCAGAUACCGCGUCAUGUGGAAAAGUCUUGUGUUCGUAUGCAGGUUGUAAAUGUUUGGUUGAUCCUUCUAAUUGAUAUGUGUAUCUACCAUUACUGUAAUGGUCUCUAUUGGGCAGCACCUGCUUAUGUUGAGAUCUCACUGAUCAUAGGAUGUGAACGUGUCCAACUGGUGUGUCCGUUAACUUACAAGUUACACAGAGGAAAGCUGAGCUUUAUUCACGACAGUCGGCACAAGAGCUGAAAACUCAGCUUAAUCCAACCAGCACACGAGUUGAAAGGUCAUCAUGAUCACAUCAGUACAUGAGUUAAAAGGUCAUCGUGAUCACAUCAGUACAUGAGUUAAAAGGUCAUCAUGAUCACAUCAGUACAUGAGUUAAAAGGUCCAGUAGAUAACUGAUGAGCUCAUGAGUUUAAUGGUAACACUAUUCUUAAUCACUCAUGAGUUUAAGUCAUCGUUGCCCGGCCAGAUUAGGCAUAGAUGAAUUUGUUAAUCUAGAAUCUAGUCAAGGGAUUUUCGGAGAUAAAUAUAUAGCAUAAUAUUGUGCUAAUAUUUAGGACAGUGUCCUAGAGAGCGAUAUGCUUAUUUCCGUUAUUCCGGUCAAGUUGCUAAAUUUUCCUGAUUGCAAAGGUUCUACUGUGUACCGGUACACAAAUCAAAUAACAAAACACCAAUAGUGUUAUAGUGGUAAUCACUAAAAUGAUUGAUAGUGUUAUCGUGGUAAUCACUAAAAUGAUUGAUAGAGUUAUAGUGGUAAUCACU